CCAUGCAUGCCAGGUCAUUCUAGCAAAUUCAAUUCUCUAGGGAGCAAGCAAUCCAACAUUCAAAAGCUGCCACCCACUUUCUGCUGCUUCUUUUUCUCGAAUUGGUGCUGUUGACUUUUUGAGCAUUGCCUGGACCCAACCAUGGCUGUUGCAUGCUGUAAGCAUCUGUGUGGGGCUGACCUGCAAGGUCAAAUGAUUAGAAAAGCGUCCAGGAAUCAGGGGCACACGUCGCACCUUUUGUGUUUACAAGGGCAACAUCUGCGAUCAUCUCGCCUAGCCAGCAGACUGACUGCUCACAGUUCAACUUUCAACGGCGCCACCAGCUUAAGUGGUUCCUCCACAUUCUUACACAAGCAUAGAAAAGAGCAACGGACAAGACGUGGGCAUCAAACGUCCAUACGAGCUGCCCUCCCUGUUGUAUCAGGCAUUCCAGUUUUAGGGCCCCUUGCUAACCUUGUUUUGAACCCUGUAUUGUUGGUGGCCCUGUAUGCAAUUGGAGCUACUCGGUUCUGGCGGGGAUACCCAAAGACGACGUACUCAGAUUCAGGUGCCUCAAAGACCACACUAACAGCCAUGUGGCCAGUUCUCUUUAUAGUUUCACAAGCUUAUCGAGAGAACUUCAAGAAGGCGGUCAAGUAAUCCGUAUCAUAUCAGUCCGACCUGAUGAGGGACUUGAAUUCUAGCCUGUGUAGAGAGUAGUGAGGGCUGAGAUCAAGCGAUUGCUUCAACGCGUUGGCACUAUUUAGAGUUAUUUAGACUGCAGUUGAACGGCACCCCAGAAUUACGUAAGAGGUUCCUUUUGAAGUAGACGUGACUGAGCGCAAACCGCUAGUAAAUAGGGAGCUGCCCAAUUUGUAAACUAUUCAUUUCGUGCCGUCAAGCACAUUGGUAAGUCAGAAUUAGCUUUCAUGGUAAGGGCAAGUCCAAAUAAGUACUGCAACUCGGCAGCAUACAAGGGGCCGAUAUCUUUGGACAUUGCGCAAUGAUCGACGCUACAUGCUGGGCCGGUGUUGCGACCCGCAAUUUGGUGAACUAUAGGCGUCCAGUUAUAAUCAACAUUCCUGGG